AUGUUGGAGGUAUUAGCGAAGUUAGGUGGUGUCAUUAGCUCGCCAUCUCUCUAGGCCUGCAAAUUAAAGUAAGCCACACCUACAGUGUUAGGUAUAAACUGUCAGAUUGGUUGCCAACAUGUUUUUUUUCAUAAGUAUACUUCCAUAUUUUUGAGCAAUUAUGUCAAAUGAGCAAAGUACAUUACUGAAUAUAUUUCUACAGGGUUUGUUCUCUCUGUAGAAAAAAGUCUGCUCUGAUGCAAAAGUCUGCUCUGCUUUACUCUGCAAAUAUAAUAGUCAUUCAUUUGCCACUGCUGUUUUGAGGAGAGCUCUCAAGGUUGUGGUGGGUGGGACUAGUUGCCCGGUUGUAAAUGCUUACCACAAGUAAUAAUGUUUUGCAUAGAUGUGAAUUGUCUGUACCCACUCAGAGCCUCUAACGUUCUGUUCAACAUUCUGAAAACAUUUGUUUUAGUUGCUGUGUUUAACAUUCCUCAGUUUCCUUGGAGCCCCUGCCUUCUCCCUAUGCCAGUGGGGAUUCCUGGGCGUUAGAAUUGUGUGGGGAGUUGGCAGGCUGAUCACUGGGGUGCUAGGCCACACUGUGCUGAUCCAGGCAGAUAGGAAUCGACAUCUGACUGGUUCUCUAAUCACUGCAUCUCAUCACCCAUCUGACCACACAUUCACACAAGGCUAGCAGUUUAUUCAGACCCAAUCAUACAAGAUAUUUGUAACGAUCUAUUUGGGCGAUUCAUCAGAUCUGAACUCUUAAGAACAGGCUUUGCAAAAACCUUGAUGACAACACACCUCUCCCCUGUUGCAGAGAUGCUAUGAGCACAAGCAGUACAGAAAUGGACUCAAGUUCUGCAAACAGAUCCUCUCCAACCAAAAGUUCGCCGAGCAUGGAGGUGAGGCCUGCUUCAACAGCUACUACUCACUUGUCUUUCAGUAGUGGUGAACAUCAGUAUUGGUAAUUCUUUUCUUGGCCUAGUUAGUGUUUUGGCUGUGGCUGACACUAAUUCCUCUUCUCCCUCAUCUGUCCCUCAGAGACGCUGGCGAUGAAGGGACUGACCCUGAACUGUCUGGGGAAGAAGGAGGAUGCGUACGAGCUGGUGAGACGAGGCCUGCGCAACGACCUCAAGAGCCAUGUCUGUAUCCUUUUAUACUAGGGCUAAUGAGGUGAGGAUUCGUAUGAACAUCCUAGUCAGAGGCGGGAAGACAUUAGCCAAAAGCUCGACAUCAUAAUAAGCCCACACUUUCGACUCCAUCCCACAAGCCCUUACUGCGCCAUGUCUACUGCACAUAAUCCAGACAGGGAAUGGGAGAGCGCUAGAUUGGCACUGACUGUUACUGUGACACCUAAUAGUAUAGGCCUGGUUGCAUUAAUACAGGGUCCACUGUUUUCAUUUGUCACCAUGAGUAUUAUGUUUCUUUGUUGCCUUGAAAUUUAGUCAUGCGCUUUCAGUAGUCCUCCAAAUGGGUUGUUUUAGCGAGGGAUUUCAUUUCUCUGUGGUUUGUCUGUUUUAGUGUGUGUGUAGUCUGUUUUGCCUCCUUAACCCUUGCUCUCCCAGGCUGGCAUGUGUACGGUCUGCUGCAGCGGUCAGAUAAGAAGUACGACGAGGCCAUCAAGUGCUACCGCAACGCUCUGAAGUGGGACAAGGACAACCUGCAGAUCCUCAGGGACCUUUCACUGCUCCAAAUCCAGAUGAGGGACCUGGAGGGCUACAGGGUGAGGACCCAGGGAGAGGGGCCAUUGUGUGUGUGCGCAAGUCUCCACUCAUAAGUAUUAGCUCCUGCUGUGUGUAAUAAUUUUUCUGUUGCGCUCUUUCUCUCUCUCUCUCUCUGCAGGAGACCCGCUAUCAGCUCCUGCAGCUGCGUCCAGCGCAGAGGGCCUCAUGGAUCGGCUACGCCGUGGCCUACCACCUGCUGGAGGACUUUGAGAUGGCUGCCAAGAUCGUCGAAGAGUUCCGCAAAACACAACAGGUGAGCUUGACCUCUGUGUGUUCGAGUCCAAGAAGUCUCAUUGGGUGCUCUGUAGUGUUCCUGUAUCACCCAUCUGUGUCAAUUAUUCUGAUUGGUCACCCUGCCUGGAUCAGUACACCCGAUUGGUCAACUUGUCUGUCAGUAAUUUAUUUGGUCGCUAUGUAUGAGUGAAUCUCAUUGGUCCCCUGCCUGUAUCAGCACAUCUGAUUGGUCACGCUGCCUGUGUCAGUAAAUGUGGUGGGUGGUGCUGUGUUUCAGACGUCGCCAGACAAAGUGGACUACGAGUACAGUGAGCUGCUGCUGUACCAGAACCAGGUGCUCAGGGAGGCGGGGCUGUUCAAGGAAGCACUGGAGCACCUCACCACCUAUGAGAAACAGAUCUGUGACAAGCUUGCCGUGGAGGAGACCAGAGGUGUGUGUGAGAGAAAGAGGGGGAGAGUGAAAAUGCAUGUGAAAGUAUGCAUGUGUGUAUUGAGUGUUUGAAUCCUAGUGUGGGUGUAGGGGGUUAUGUUUCUAGAUCUAUGUAUAAAAUGUGAUUCAUGGGAACCUAUCUAUCCCUACAGGAGAGCUGCUACUGCAGCUAGACCGCUCGGAGGAGGCCACAGAAGUCUACCGACAACUCCAGGAGAGGAACCCUGAGAACUGGGCCUACUACCAGGGUCUGGAGAAAGCACUGAAACCAGGUAACCUUUGAACCCUCACUGCUACCCACCCCAUUCCCACUGGACCCUCUCUGCGGCCCCCUCUUUAGCGUGAGUCCUCUCACUACAUUGACUUAUGCGUUUGGUAGAUUUUCUGACCAGAUUUGAAUCUGUGUAUGAAUGCCAUGCUCUGACUGUUGGCUUCUUGUUGUGUCCCCAGCUAGCAUAGAGGAGAGGCAGAAGCUCUAUGAGGAGGCGUGGGUGAAGUAUCCCAAAGGACUGGUUCCCCGGAGGCUGCCUCUCACCUUCCUCACAGGUACAUAAGCCCGCCAUUAUCGCUACUGUUACUGUGUAAUUGUCCAUGGCAUGACGGCCUUUCAAGACGACGGCGGGUAGACACAAGCACGUUGAAACGUGGUCUGUGGAACACUGGAGGGGAUGGGGUGUUGAUGAGCUUCAUUCACUUAUUGUUUUCUUUUCAGGUGAGAAGUUCCGUGAAUGUCUGGACUGCUAUCUGAGGAUGAACUUCAGUAAAGGCUGUCCGCCCGUCUUCACCACUCUGAAGUCCCUGUAUCACGACAAGGAAAAGGUGAGGGAGAACCACUGCCAUUCCAUAGGCUCCAGCAAGUCACUGACGUAACAUGCCUGCACUGGACUGAGAUGUCAGGGUGAUCUUGUGUUUCCUUGUUUCUCUCCGUGUAGUUGUCCAUCAUUGAAGAAUUAGUCGUUGGAUACGAGACGUGUUUGAAAAGCUGUCGAAAGUUCAAUCAAAGCGGUGAGUGCCAUCAGAUUUUCAUGUUUUAUUAAAUCUAAUAGGAACAGUAUUAGAAUCUCGUGAAUAAGUAUUAUUUGUAUGUGUUAGAUGACGGUAAGGAGGAGCCCCCCACCACUCUGCUGUGGGUCCAGUAUUUCCUGGCUCAGCACUUUGACCACGUGGGCCAGCAGACGCUAGCCCUGGACUACAUCAACACAGCUAUCGAGAGCACACCCACGCUCAUAGAACUGUUCCUCAUCAAGGCCAAGAUAUACAAGGUAACACACACAGCCAUUGAGUGCCCACACUCGUAGAACUGAUCCUCAUCAAGGCACACAUUUUCUAGACCUGUCAUUAUAGUGAAGAUUUACAGUGUAACACUCCCUCUCUUGUCUUAUCUUUGUGUCUCUGUAGCAUGCAGGUAACAUAAAGGAAGCAGCCAGGUGGAUGGACGAGGCCCAGGCUCUGGACACGGCUGACCGCUUCAUCAACUCAAAGUGUGCCAAGUACAUGUUGAAGGCCGGGCUGGUCAAAGAGGCAGAAGAGAUGUGCUCCAAGUUCACAAGGGUCAGUCAGUGUGUGUGUGUGUAGACUGUACAUUGUGUGUUGCCUUAAAACCCUUUGUGUGUGUGGCGCUAACUGUGGGUAUCUGUGUGUUUCAGGAGGGUGCGUCAGCGGUAGAGAAUCUCAAUGAGAUGCAGUGUAUGUGGUACCAGACAGAAUGUGCUCUGGCCUACAAGUCCAUGAACAAGUUUGGAGACGCACUCAAGAAGUGCCAUGAGAUCGAGAGGGUACGUUUUCUAACUGAGGGGGUAAAACCCCCUGUCAAAAUUUGCACAAAUAAGAAUUGAGAACUACUCUAAAAUAAAAAUACUAACAAUGUGAUCUCUGCAUUGUGAGAUGGUCACGCAGAUUCACUGAUGAGGGUUAAACCUGUAUAGAUGGCCCAGUGGUAGUACAGGUCUGCUCAAAGUGGUUGGAUUGUCUAAUCAUAACCAUCUCUGUGUCCCAUUAGCAUUUUGUGGAGAUCACAGACGACCAGUUUGACUUCCACACAUACUGCAUGAGGAAGAUGACGCUGCGAUCCUACGUGGACCUGCUCAAGCUGGAGGAUGUGCUGCGCAUGCACCCCUUCUACUACAAAGCUGCCCGCACCGCCAUCCAGAUCUACCUCGGCCUGCACGAUAACCCACUCACCGACGACAACAAGGAACACCAGGCCGACGCCGGUACGUGUUGUGUGAGAGCGAGAGAGUCUGUGUGAGACCCCAAACCGACGCUUGAUUGAUAUCAUUCAUUUGAUGUUUUAUACAAUGGUUUUUGUUUUGGCCACUGAGCAAUUCUGGUGAGCGCAAACUUGAACUUUGUGAAAAUUGUGUGCAAAUUCCAGCGCGCAUUUACUGUGAAAACUGAGGCUGUACCCGCUUCUAAGUUAGUUUUAAGUGGCCAACUAGGCUACUGUGACUAUUUGAUCAUAAUGUAGGCCUACCAGAGUGGCCUACCAUCAAAUACGAUUGAGAAAAUGCAUCCCAUAACAUUUUAACAUGGAAAUAGUUGUUCUAUCAUUCAGCCUACAGUAGCAGGUGUGUGGUGUUCAAUGUAGGCCUACAUUCCAUGAGACUUUUGGGGGGGAAAUGCUGACCUUGACAUUAACCUGUUUAUCCACUUGUCCUUCAGACAAGGAGGUGACUGAAAAUGUUUUUGUUUGAUGCAAGAAACCACUUUGCAGCUCUCGCUUUGAUUUCAAAACAAAACAAGCGCGUCUACUCACGACCACUCAUGCUGUAAACACAGUCCAGUUCAAAGUAAAUGGCACAGAUCCAUAUAUGGCAAAGGUCUAUUUGCAUAUAGGUCUACUGCAGCUCUGAUUGUUUAUACCACACCGUUCUGUGUAGAGUACGGGCUGAGUAGUGCGUGUCAAUACAAUAGAAUCCUACUCUGAUGCGUUCUGCCUACAACAAAACCUCUUGCGUAGUUUGUUUUGAAUCGGUGUGUUGCAUUGAAAGUGGCUAAUAUUGCGUUGAUUUGAUCAAAAUUGCCACAGUAAAGGGAAACGUUAAUAGUGUUAACAGGGAAAACUCUAGAACAAUGGUCACCAACCUUUUCUGAGUCAAGAUCACUUUCUGAGUCAAAAUGCAAGCAGAGAUCUACCGCUCAGAUUUUAAAAACAUGACUUAAAAAACGUAAGCCUAUGCAACGGUAACCAAUUAGAAACAGUACUGUAGCAAUGAGGUUUGUGCAGUAAGUUCUAGCCCCAAUACGCUAUCACCGCAUAUUGGCUUUGCUUGAAUUGGCCUGCCAAUGCAUUGUUGUUCGGGCCAUUAAAAAAAAUAUAUAUAAAUACAUUUCUAAAUUUGAGGUAGGCUAUAUGAUCACACUGGUAAUAGAUCCGUUGUUGUAUUACUUAUGAGGCACAGUUGAGUGAGUGCAUUUAAAUAAUGAGCUUUUUAUUUUACUGGGCUGAUGGUGGCUGCAUCUGAUGGUCAGUCUCAGCAGAGGGAGGGAGCAGCAGACUGAGGGUCCGCCUCAACGUCCCUCCGCUCUCCUUUCCUCCACUGACACUGACCGAAAAGGGACACAGACUUCCAGCUGAUGGCGAAACUCGAGUCGCACCGCAUUAUUUCUGCUUCGUGCACAAAUUCAUGUUACUCCUAUGAACAGAGAGUUAAAUAUUCCUCUAUUAAAAAAGACCCAAGCUGCUAAUAAUAACGCAAGCCUAUAGAUAGAUACGCUUUCCUACUCAUUCAUUACUGCUGCACUGCUUGUAGCGCUGAGUGGAAAUAGGACGAACGCGCAUUUUAUGGCUCGUGUUGAAUACAACGUUUUGACAGUGCUGAGUAAGAACUUUUACAUGAACUCACUCAUAAAAACCGCAGCUCUUUGCUGUAUUCGUUGACAGUCUCUAGUCAUGGUUUUAAACGUUUUGAAAUCUCACAGUAUCGACUUUGCUGUAUGCCUGCUAUGUUACUGCAGACACUGUAAUCUGAGCCAUCCGAUUGGCCAGCGGUAGGCCUAUAGUGCACUUGAUUUACUCUCCGGGCCCGCCGGGAAGGCAGAGUUUGUACCUUCAGACACAUGAAAUGCACGCCCAGCCGCAGCUUAGAGGGAACAUUGGUGUAGUGUCUUGAUUUGUAAAUGAUCCCAGUGUCUGAGAGAAGUGACAGUGGCCCCUCUGUCCCUGUGCUGGUGCGUGUCCCACAGAGAACCUGAAUGACAAAGAGCUAAAGAAGCUGAGGAACAAGCAGAGACGAGCCCAGAAGAAAGCCCAACUAGAGGAGGAGAAGAAGAACGCAGAGAAGGAGAAGCAGCUGAAGAACCAGAAGAAGAAGAAAGAGGAUGACGACGAGGAGAUCGGAGGACCCAAGGAGGAGCUUAUACCAGACAAACUGGCCAAGGUGUGUGUGUGUGUGUGGCCUGUAGAAGAUGAAGGAAUGACUGAGCCCUAGUCGUUGGAAAUGCCUCAAAGAACAAACCUGUGGUUUCGCUUUACCCUUAUGGCUACUGCCAUUAGCCCUGUGGGAUAUCACUGCAGAACAUGGUGAAAUUACACCAAUUAGGAGAUUGAACAGUUUUUUGGGAUAAGACCCAUGAUGAUGUUUUCUUCCCCAUGUAGGUGGAGAACCCACUAGAGGAGGCAGUGAAGUUUUUAACCCCUCUGAAAAACCUGGUGAAGAACAAGAUUGAGACCCACCUCCUGGCCUUCGAGAUCUACUUCAGGAAAGGUAAAGGGACAAGAUGCUGAUUGACAUUCUGACACGAGAACAAUCCGGUACCCUUUGUCAAUGAAAACAAAAACUUAAACAGUUUUCUGUUGCUUUCCCUCUCGUAGAGAAGUACCUGCUGAUGUUGCAGUCGGUAAAGAGAGCGUUCUCCAUGGAGCCCUCCCACCCCUGGCUGCACCAGUGUCUAGUGCGCUUCUUCAAAGGAGGUAGGGCUUCUGCCACCUGUCACACGGCCAGGCUGUGGGGCCUUGUCAUUAUCCAAAGCUCCAUGGAUUUAAGAUGCCCUCACCUCCGUCUGUCUCUGAACCCUUUGGUGGUUUGUUGCUGGAAUAGUUGUCUGUGUUCUGGUACAAAUAUCUCUACCACGUUCUUAUUCUGUGUCUUCCUCAGUGUCUGACAGUAAGGACCUACCGGAGGCUGUGCGGACUGUGUUGAAGCAGGAGAUCUCACGGCUGUUUGGGGAGAGCAACCCCCAGAACUUUAACAAGAACUACCUGAGCCAACACUCCAACUCUAUACCCCACCGCGUGGCUGGUACGUACACACGCACUACCCAAGUCUACAGUCCAACUAUGCCACAUGAGACUUCACCAUAACCACACGCACUGUGUGAACUUGUAACUGAAAAGUUCCAUGUUGUCCCCCUGCAGCUGCUAAGAUGAUGUUCUAUCUGGACCCGUCCUCGGACAAGAUGGCCUCUGAGCUGGCUACAGCGCUGGAUGAGUCCCUCACUGGGAGAAGCAUCACUGUGAGCACUUACUCACUGCACUAAUCCUUGCACAACAUUUGUAUAUUUAAAUGUAUCAAGUACCUUUGGCACAGUAGUCCCACACCUGAACCAGAAACGGCAUUAGGAAAGCGAGGCAAGGAAUAAUGUCAAAAUUGUGUCUGUGUGACCCAAGUCUAAGCAGACACCUUAUCUUGUCUUUCCUGUCAGAUCUGCACAGAUGUGCUGGAGGCGUUGCGUGAGGGCAAUCUGGGCGACGGGCAGCAGAAGGCAGCGGAGGUGUACCGCGCCGCGUGUAACAAGCUGUACCCCCACACCUUGGCCUUCAUGCCCCCCGGCUACGAGGACAAUGCAACCACCAUCAGCGCCAAUGGAGACCUGUCAGCAGGCGAGCACGACGACAUGGCCAACGACAUGUGAGAGGGGAGCGAGGGAGGGGAGAGGAGGAGCGUACACGCUGCCAGCCGCCAGUCUGCCAACAACGGUUGUUUGCUUGUGAAUGCCCCCUGCAGUGCACUGACCUGGACUGAGAGAGCCGCAAAGAGGAGGGAAAAACAAAUGCCCAUUUUACUUUUUUUUUUUUUAACCCUGUUGACAUCUCUUCUUUAACUGAACAAAAUAAAACGGGAAAAGAAAAGUGUUAGGGUGGCUGCCGUUAAGUCAGGUUUUUACUCCUGUGUUUUCACACCUGUGUGUCUCCUGUAUGUGCAUCUGCUUCUCACGUUUUUAAAGGUAAUUUAUAUAUUAAAAACAAAUAAUUAAAAAAGUUCGCAAAAAUGGAAAGAUUAUAAAUUGUGGUGGUGAUGGAGGAUUGUGGUUCUACCUGUGAGCUGGCAUGUGCCAAAAAUGAAAAGGUGGAACUUUUAAAAGGAGACAUCACUUGUUUCCCGGGGGAGGCGUAGCGGUGAUGCACUCAGUUAAUCAGCUACUGAGCUCAAGCAGUCCUCUGCUCGGCCACAAGGGGGUGCAGCGGUAGAGGUCCCGGCGUGGCCUCCAGGAGGGAACAGGACAGGACUGAUCUGAAUGCAGAGACACAGAGCUCAAUGCUCACCUGGAGUGCUGUAUGACUGAGAAAUGUGCAGAUUUAUCUGUUUUCCUUUCCUUUUCCGCUCUGUAUUUUCCUUCCUAGUUUUACCCAUGUGAAAGUCUCAUGAAUCCACUUCCUGAUAAAGCAAAAACACACUGACACUCUACAGUUAUUGGGGUUUGUUUUGGAGUUUUAUUUCUGUUUAUUGGUCAAAUGUUAAAGGCUUAUCCAAUGUUACCAACACAGCUUAGUUAUUAUAUUUUUUUUUUUGAAAAAGGCGUUUGUCAAUCAUACUGAGUUCUGCACACAGACCACUCCUAUCUAACACACCAAGGAGUUAUCAAUAAAACAAAAGUUGAAUAAAAAGCUAUUUCCUGAUGGCAUUUUUCCUGCAGAAGUUUGUAUUUUAUUCAAGGAUUCCGGAUCAGUAUUGCAAUUGUCAAACACUGUCAAAAUAAUUUCAAGGGUCUUUAAGAGGAACACUUUCACUCACGCUACCUCUCGCAUGCUCACAGUACGUACUAUGAGGGGUGUAAAUACCAUGCUACGUAGGACAGGGCCUUCAGAGUUUUGGUCUGGGCACGUCCCCUACUGCCCCACCCUCAUGCCUUUUGGCUUGUGAGCUGAGGAAGGUGUGGUCCAGGUUGAGGUAGGUGGUGAGGAACUCUGGGAAGUCUCUCUUCUGGACCACCUCCAGGAACAUAGCUGCAGCUGUCAACAACGUCUGUUCCUCCCUAGAGGGGGGAGGGGGGGAAGAGUCAGGAGAGAACGGCAGAAGAAAGUUCUAG